AUGACGAACGGCGUCACUUUCUUUGUUAUUCUGUUUGGAUUUAUCAUUGCUUAUCAUUGCGUAAUAUGGAAGAAGGUAUCCACCAGCACAGAAGUGGAAAUGGCCAUCAUGACAAAAUACCACUGGGGCUGGCACACGUCUCAUGCAUUGCCAGAUCUGGUUGAGAGGAUUGUAGACAAAAGGAAGAACAAGAAGGGCAAAUGGGAAUAUCUCAUCAGAUGGAAGGGCUAUGGAAGCAACGAAGACACCUGGGAACCUGAGCAUCAUCUCCUGCACUGUGAGGAAUUUAUCGAUGAGUUCAAUGGACUACAUGUUACUAGAGAAAAGCGAUCAAGACAUGGGAAACAGGCUGGCACUCCAAAGUUUCUACGGGAAAGUCGAGGGUCAUCUAUUGAAAAAAUAUCCCACAGACCCGAAUCUGGGAAGUCUAAAGGGUCAACACAUAAAAGAAAGAGAAUUAAUUCAUCUCUUCAGAAGCAGAAAAGAGGAUACACAGCAAAGCCAGCAUCUGCUACUGACAGGGCCGCUAAAACUGUGACUUACCGAACUACUCCCAGCGGUUUACAGAUCAUCCCACUAAAAAAGCCACAGAACGGCCUGCAGAACGGAGACGGCAAUCAUGAAAAGGAUGCUAGACAUUUUGGGAAUGGCUCACAACAGCAAAACAUGGAUUUAAAUGAUCAUGAAGGAGAACACAAUUUGCCAAACGUUCUGGAAGUUAGUAACGAUUCGCCUGUUGUGAAUGGAAUUGGUUCUUCUCUGGCCAAUGGAAGCUUGAACCUACACAGCACUGUGAAAAGGAAACUAGACGGGGAGAAAGAUUAUGUCUUCGAUAAGAGACUGAGAUACAGUGUGCGUCAAAACGAAAGCAACUGCAGGUUCAGGGACAUUGUCGUGCGGAAAGAAGAUGGCUUCACACACAUUUUGCUAUCCAGCCAGACUUCAGAUAACAACGCACUGACUCCAGAGAUCAUGAAGGAAGUUCGGAGAGCAUUGUGCAAUGCAUCAGCUGAUGACAGUAAACUCUUACUUCUCAGCGCAGUGGGAAGUGUAUUCUGUAGUGGCCUAGAUUACUCAUAUUUAAUUGGCAGGUUAUCCAAUGACAGAAGAAAGGAAAGCACUAGGAUUGCAGAAGCUAUAAGGGAUUUUGUAAAAGCUUUUAUUCAGUUUAAGAAGCCAAUUGUGGUUGCUAUCAACGGCCCUGCUCUUGGGCUAGGAGCUUCUAUUCUGCCACUGUGUGAUAUCGUUUGGGCAAGUGAGAAGGCAUGGUUUCAGACACCAUAUGCAACAAUCCGACUCACUCCAGCUGGCUGCUCAUCAUACACGUUCCCACAAAUACUGGGUGUUGCACUGGCAAAUGAAAUGUUGUUCUGUGGGAGAAAGCUGACAGCACAGGAAGCCUGCAGCAGAGGACUCGUGUCACAAGUAUUUUGGCCAACAACGUUCAGCCAAGAGGUGAUGCUACGAGUGAAGGAAAUGGCAUCCUGCAGUGCAGUGGUAUUGGAAGAGUCUAAAUGCCUUGUGCGAAGCUUCCUGAAGUCUGGACUGGAAGAUGUGAAUGAGAAAGAGUGCCAGAUGUUAAAGCAGCUGUGGAGUUCUUCCAAAGGACUGGAUUCAUUAUUCAGCUACUUGCAAGACAAAAUUUAUGAAGUCUGAUGUCCCAGUCUAACUUCAAGAGAAAAUACUCCGACUGUAAACAGGGCCCUACAUUACCUGUGUUUGAAAAGCAGAGGCAAUGCAUCCUUGAGGAAUUUGUGGCAGUGUAUCUUAAUACAUAUGGUUGUGUCCAUUUCCUUGUGAGUUACACAGCUGCUUUAGGUGGUUUGAUUUUGUGUAACAGAGAUGUAGGCAGGCUUGCUCAGUGCACAUAAUCUCUGCAGAGGGCUGCGUCUUUCACCUGCACAUCAAGAUAAACGUUCACAUUCCACGUGCCGAGAAGCAGCGCCGAGGCCAGCCAGGCGCCGUCUGUAACGACUGAUUUUGUCUGUCCUUCUUAACUUAUUCUUGCUGUUGCAACACAUCUGGGCUGACACAGAGGGCUCAGGCUGAAAAGUGGGUCACUGUAAUGUUUUGUAGACCCCAUCACCACACUUACGAAAUAUUUUAAUUAUUUUUUUCUAGGUUCUAACAGUGUAAUUGAAAAAAUCUGAUAAUUUAUAUGUAUAAUAUGUAAAGUUAGUUUUACAAAAGUACUAGGAUUUUUUCUUCAUGGAAUUUAUUUAACUUAUUUAUUUUGUGUUCAUAUUCAGCUGUUGGGUGAUCACAAAUCUUAUUUUCAUACUUCCCUUGAUUGAAUUAAUGGUAUCACAUCAGAAUACAAACAUUUUUAGCAGUGAGCUGUGUAGAAAAUAAAGACUAUGUAGAAAACACACAGUAUGUUGUGGGCACUAACAGAAACAGCCAUGUACAUGCUCCUGUGUAAGAGAAACUUGUACAAAGAUGUAUUUGCCAGGGUUAAGGAUAAGAAAAGCGGAUUCCGAAACAGCGAGGCCCCCUAAGCCUCUCUCCACUUCCUGCCUUCUUGGGGAGCACUGAAGGGCUUGCCAGCAAGAUGCUUUCUUUAAGUUUACUCUAUUCCUGUAAGCCGGCCAUCAGUAACAGGGUGAGUGGUGCCGUUACGUGGCUUCUUACUGUUCUUCAGGUUUAAACAUCCCCUUUUGGUCUGAAGUGUAAAAAUGAAUCUUUCUGAGCCUUAGUCUAGUUGCCUGCUUGCUCAGGUGAGCUCAUUCCUGCUCUGGGGCUUUGAGUGGGCCCAGGUCAUACACGGUGCUUGGCCCUGAUCAAAGUGGCGGGAGAGGUUUCCGUUCGCUUCUCCCAGCUCUCCACACGUGGUCACACCACCCUCUGCUUGCAAGAACUUACAGCUAUCCACAACCGCAGUCUGCAGUAGAUGACAAAAAUCCAGUCUGAUGCUUUUGAAUGUGAUCCAAGGAUUUGCCAGUGACACUGACCGCCUCCUGAAUACCGCAUCUCUCUCCUAUCUUUCUUAUAAGGCAAUUAAUAUGGAAAUAACACAAACCCACUGGGUGACUUCAGCUGCCGUGCCAGCAUGCCCCAAUCAAAAGCUCUGGAAACAGAAGCUUUGCACGUUUGUUCAGUUUGGAAUUUGUGCAUUUAUUCUCCAUCCUUGAGCUCAGCGACUAAGUGACUAGGUUACAGGUUGGACUUCUGCAAAGGAGGUUGUUGGGGUUCUCCCUCGCAGUCUUUCCAUGACAGUCUCCACAAAUCUUGGUGAGUUAGCAAACAGGUGGUUAGAGUAGCCUUCAACACAUCCAGGUAUUAUUUCCUUUUUCCACAAAUAAAUAAAAGCACUAUUUCUGUGGCCUGAUUGUACCACUGUUUUUUUAAAGAAAUCGUUACUUCAAAGCAGUUUUCAUAAAAAAUACAAAAUCUGGCUUCAAAUUAGCCAGCUCAAACAUCUUCAAAAAGCACUAUCAAAACAAGUGACUUAUUGUCAAAUGUCUAAAUCAAAGGGGAACUAUUUGUGUCUCUUUGCAGUGAAACCACUUGUUUUAUACCAAAAGUUGCUUAUUUCCACAACCUUCCAGCAACACCACAGACUCUGCUACUCUGUCUGUGAGUCCUCGAUAGGGCAGACCCAUUAAAAGCAGAGGGAUUACUCAAGGGAAAAAUACCCACGGGCCGCCGUGACUGCACAAUCAGGCCUCUGGGAUAUGACUUCAGAAAAAAAGUAAUACAAAGUACCAUGGUUCCUCAAUUUCCUUUUUCUUUCUUUAUUCCCGUCCAGAGAGCCAUAACUUCUAGUCAUGUGUUAAAUGUGUUAAUAAAAUAUUAGGAAGUUUAUUUCAAUGCUUUGGGUUUUUUUGUAGAUACGUUUAGAAAAGAAUAGCUCAGCAAUGUGAAGGUGUGCUUUCCAUAUGAGAUUUUCAAACAAAGAAUCAUAAGUUGUUAGACCUUCAAACUGCAUCAUUUCAUCUGAUUUUUCAAAUAUCUCUAUCUUAGCAUUUUUUAUGACAAAGGAAUGAUUGAAAUACAUUUUCUACAAUUAUUUUUCCAUUAAAGCAAGAGCUAAACAUAGUUAACAUUUUUAAUUAUUCAUAUCUAUACAGUUACAAUCUAGUUUUCAUGGAAUCUAUUUUCCCUUCAAGAAAAGAGUAGUAACAAUGUCAAAAGCUUCUUUUCCAGUAUUUAAAGAUCAGAAUCAAUUCUCUUUGUGUUGCUGUCCUUACUAGGUAUUCAGAUAUUUAGAUGUACUGUACAUAUUAGUCUGGGUACCUUUACUAAUAUUCACAGUAUUUAAGAUUAUAAAUGCAAUUUGUUGUUAAGUAUGUUAUUUUAUUGUGUAAAUUGUUUUGUACAAUCUUUAAAAAUCUACAGUUUUGCAUUUGUAGAUAUUAAAGGUAAACAAUUUAUUUUGUGUUGUCCUGCAUGUAUAUUUUUGCUGUAGAUAAGUGUUGCUUAGUUUACUAUUUCAGUACUUUCUGUUUAAAUGAAUAAGCUUAUAAACUUUAAUACAGUAUAUAUUUUCAAAAUAUAAACUUUUAUAUUUCUGUGG